CCGUCAGUGACACCUGAGGCUCGGGACAGAGCAGGAGACCGGGGACAACAGGCGACUCGAGGAUGUCUUUGAAUGAAGAGGGUUAUGUGGUUCGGAUCAGAGGACUGCCCUGGUCCUGCACGCAGGAGGAAGUGGCCAGUUUCUUCUCUGACUGUGACAUCGUUGGUAAAAUAAACGGAGUCUGUUUCACCUACUCUAAAGAAGGCCGUCCCAGUGGAGAGGCAUUUAUUGAGCUGAAAACAGCAGAGGAUUUCAAGAAUGCCCUCGCCAAAGACCGUAAAUACAUGGGACACCGAUACAUAGAGGUGUUCAAGUCAAACCGUAGUGAGAUGGACUGGGUGCUGAAACGUAGCGGUCCUGCCGACUACGACAGCUGCAGUGGCUGCAUGCUGAGACUUAGAGGCCUUCCCUUUGGCUGUAGUAAGGAGGAGAUUGUUCAGUUCUUCUCAGGGUUGAGAAUCGUGCCAAAUGGGAUUACUCUGCCAGUGGACUACCAGGGGAGGAGCACAGGGGAAGCCUUCGUGCAGUUUGCCUCAAAGGAGAUAGCAGAAAAGGCUCUGGGGAAACACAAGGAAAGAAUAGGGCACAGGUAUAUAGAGAUUUUUAAGAGCAGUCGUAAUGAGAUCAGAGCCUACUAUGAGCUGCCGCGGCGGGGAAUGGGAGGCCAGAGACCAGGGCCCUACGAUAGACCCAUGAUGGGGGGCCCCAGAGGAGGGUUUUAUGGGCCCGGGCCUGGCCGCGGUGGGGCUCUGAUGGACACCAUGAGGAGCGGAGGGGGCUAUGCAGGAGGCUACGGUGGCUUUGACAACUACAAUGGUUUCAACAACUACUGCUUUGGCAACGGCAUGUUUGACGAGCGAGUGAGAGGAGAGAGGGGAGGAAGAGGGAUGGGAGGCCACGGUUACAGUGGGCAAGCUGAUGGUUGUUCAGGCUUCCACAGUGGCCAUUUUGUCCACAUGAGGGGUUUACCUUUCCGUGCAACAGAGGGAGACAUCGCUAAAUUCUUCUCUCCUUUGAAUCCACUGAGGGUCCACAUUGACGUGGCUCCUAACGGCAAGUCCACUGGAGAAGCAGAUGUGGAGUUUCGCUCCCAUGAAGACGCUGUGGCAGCUAUGUCCAAAGACAAGAACCACAUGCAGCAUCGCUAUAUUGAGCUGUUUCUAAACUCAACAGCCAGUGGAGCAGCUGAAAUGAGUCGUGGCGGCAGCGGUGGUUACUAUGGUAACUCAGGAGGGGGCGGAGGCUCCCGAAGCAGCGGGCUACGAGGUGCUUACUGAUGAUGUCAUCCCACUCUUCCAAUCCAUCCUGACGUUUGUUUUGCGUCUCUGUAGGCCACAUUUACUCGAUUACUGUUUCUAAGCAGGAGAGCUCAUCUGAAGCCUCUUUUUUUUAGUGAGCAGAUGUUCUUUUUAUUGUGGGGUUGGACUAAAACUUCACUUCCAAUACUUUAACAAGAACUUAUUACACCAUUCUUAAAAGCAUAAGAAGAACAAAAACAAAUUGUUGACAUAAAAGUUCUGGAGCUGUUGUAGCACAUGGUUGAUGGGUCCUUUUUUGGAGAUUUCAAGUUUUAAACUAUUUGAUAUUGUAAUAUAGUUUUCAUGGUUCACAUGAAAAGUACAUUUUCUCUGGUGAUCUGAUUAAGAGAAAAUAAUAUGUAUUUGUUUUUCCAGAGUUUUAAAUUGCAUUGGAAGGGCAGUAACUGAUUGUGUUACAGUCUUCAGUGAUUUUUUUGGGGGAUGCACUUUAAUUUGUCUUGUUUCACAUCUCACUGUUGGCAGGAGAUGUAAGUCAGUGCAGAUCCAGCAUGGAGACAGAACGUUACAGGAACACAGAUUAGCAGCUGUGGGAUUUGAGGAAAGAGUCAUUUUGUUUAGCUCUGCAUUGUUUGGACCGAAGGAGGCGAAACAACGCCAUAACUAGUAUCUCUCUUGGUUAAGAAUUUCAGUUUAAAAACGUUAUUUAAGUCGUUUAUUCUGCUUUGACCAUUCUUUAAAACACUGAUUCAAACUGGAUUUCACAUUAGCUCUCCUGCUUUGAGAAGUUUGAUAAAUGUGAGCAAGUGUGUUUUUUAUGAAUGUUUUCACAGUUCAUUGCAGAAUUUAAAAAAGUUGAAUAUUAUAUUCCACUCUCAAAGAGUGGAAGCAAAAUAAAGUCUAUAUUUGAGCUGUAAGAUAGCUUAUGCAGCUGUUGUACAUUUUGCCUAAUAAAUUUUAUAUUUAAUUCUC